UUUCCGUGGCGGUCUGGUGUGGCACAGAUCAUUUAUUUUCUUAAUGGCCAACCGGGCGUACAUGUGCUCGUAGAGACCCGAAACCAACACAACGGACAUGAGGAGACCUUCGAUACGCCAACAACUUGUGCUUAAGCUGCGAAUCAAAGUUAUUGUCGAGGUGGAUUUAACCACGUAAUGUUAGGAGUCCAAGUAUGCACCCCCGCGGAGAUCUCAGAAUGUGACACCCCUUAAAUCGACAAUGAAUGAGACAUUCAACUCAGAUGACUACACCUUGUCCUUGGACAAUCUAUUUUUUGUGAAACCCACUGUCCACACAAUAAAGCCACUACAUGGGGAGGCCGAUCCAUGGCAGCUGAAAGCACCUCCGUCUCUUUCACAGAUUCCAGCCACUCAGGUUAUGCAGGAAGAGGCUGAGUCGUUGGCUGCCCUGUACAGUAUGUCAUGUUCUGGAUUAAGGGGUUUCCCACUAAAACAAGGAUCAGCUGGCAUUUUCCGCAGGUUACACGGCGCUGAGAAAGACAACGAGGACAUCCAAGAUGGCAGCUGCAGUACUGUCGGAUACAAUGGCCUUUGGGGAGGUGAAGGCUUUGACGCCAUAGCUGAAGAUGAAAGUCUGCCGGACGCUGAUCAAGGAUCCAUCGGCAUUAAAUAUUUAUCUGUGGGCAAUAGUAAAGAUUCACCUCUGCGGAGAAGCUUGUUCACGGUUCCUGUGCUGAGCAGCGGAGGUGACACGUCCAACCCAAACGACCUCUGUAGCAGCGGUAGCAGCGGUCGCCAGACAACAUCCAGACCUCAAACUUUCCCCCCUGUGGUUACCAUGGUAACAGCGCCCCCGCCUCCUCAUCAGCCACCGCGGGUGACAUUUAGCCAGGCCGCUCCUCCUUCCCCCUUGAAGCCACCCAUCCUCCCCCCGCCCCUGGGCCCGUCUGCAUGGAGUCUCAACCCCCCCCAGCAGGCGGCAUAUGCAGAAGUGAAGGGCACAAAGAGAGCCUUGGUAACGGCCAUGACGCCUCAGCCGCUCCAUAUUCAAGGGCCUUCGGGAUCGGACAUUUUGCGGCCAGUCUCUGAAAUCCCUGCUAAGUUCAGACCUGUCUUUAGCGAGUUCCCCUUUUUCAACUAUGUCCAGUCCAAAGCUCUCGAUGAUGUUCUUUAUACGGACACAAACUUUGUUGCAUGUGCCCCGACUGGAUCUGGUAAAACAGUACUGUUUGAACUGGCCAUCAUUCACCUGCUGAUGGAGACCUCAGAGCCCUGGAGGGACGUCAAAGCUGUUUAUAUGGCUCCCAUCAAAGCUCUCUGCAGUCAGUGCUUUGAGAGCUGGACGAAGAAGUUUGGUCCUCUGGGGCUCAACUGCAAGGAGCUGACGGGCGACACGGAGAUAGAUGACUUCUUUGAAAUUCAGGACUCCCACAUCAUUCUCACCACCCCAGAAAAAUGGGACAGCAUGACAAGAAAGUGGAGGGAUAAUUGUCUGCUGCAGUUGGUCAGACUCUUCCUUAUAGAUGAGGUUCAUGUCGUCAAGGAUGCAACUCGUGGUGCCACUCUGGAAGUGGUGGUUAGCAGAAUGAAGGCUGUGCAUGCAUACAGGAAGGCCCAGAACCCAGACACAGAGCUCUCCAUGAGGUUUGUGGCUGUGUCAGCCACUAUACCCAAUAUUACGGAUAUAGCAGACUGGCUCUCCAGUGACACGGGUCCAGCGACGUGUUUGGAGUUAGAUGAGAGCUACCGCCCGGUGAAGCUGAGGAAAGUGGUGUUGGGAUUCCCCUGCAGCACAAACCAAACCGAGUUCAAGUUCGAUUUGUCUCUCAACUAUAAGAUGGCCAAUGUUAUACAGACGUAUUCUGACCAGAAGCCCGCUCUAGUGUUUUGCUCCACUAGGAAAGGAACCCAGCAGUCAGCUGAAGUUCUGGCUAAGGACACACGGUUUAUUAUGGCAUUUGAACACAAGCAAAGGUUGAAAAAAUAUGCAGAGGCCAUUGUAGAUUCAAAAUUGAGAGAUCUUGUGAUGCUUGGAGUCGGGUACCACCACGCUGGUGUUGACGUGUCUGACCGAAAACUGAUAGAAAAAACCUUUGCUCUGGGAGACCUGCCUGUCCUUUUUACCACGCGCACUCUGGCCAUGGGAGUGAACCUGCCAGCUCAUUUAGUGGUGAUCAAGUCCACCAUGCAGUAUUCUGCAGGCUCCUGUGAAGAGUACUGUGAGGCUGACCUGCUGCAAAUGAUAGGCCGAGCUGGAAGACCACAGUUUGACACGUCGGCCACAGCAGUGAUCAUGACCAAGAUGCAAACCAAAGACAAGUAUUUGAAAGUGAUGAACGGGGUGGAAACUAUCGAAAGCAGUUUGCACAGUCAUCUGGUGGAGCACCUCAACGCUGAGAUAGUUCUGCAAACCAUCUGUGACGUCAACAUGGCCCUGGACUGGAUACGCUCCACCUUCCUCUACAUCCGAGCACUGAAGAAUCCAACAUAUUAUGGCUUUUCUGCUGACUUAGACAGAUGUGGAAUUGAAGCAAAACUUCUAGAACUCUGUCUGAAGAAUCUCAACUCUCUGUCCACUAUUGGUUUGAUCAGUAUGGAUGAAGACGUCAACAUUAAACCGACAGAGGCUGGCAGGUUGAUGGCAAGGUUUUAUGUUGCCUUUGACACCAUGCGGCAGUUCAGAAAAGUGUCUGGCACUGAGAACCUGUCUGACCUGAUUGAUCUGGUGUCAAAGAGCAAAGAGUUCAGUGACAUCCAGUUGAGGGUGAAUGAGAAGAGAUCCUUGAAUAUGCUGAACUAUGACAAGAACAGGGUUACUAUCAGGUUUCCGAUGGAAGGAAAGAUCAAAAGCAGUGAUAUGAAAGUGAAUUGCUUAAUUCAAGCUCAGCUGGGUUCUAUCCCACUUCAAGAGUUUAGCCUCACACAGGACACGGCAAAAAUCUUCAGGACUGGAAUGCGAAUAAGCAAGUGUCUUUUUGAAUUCCUGAGUCAGCAUUCCAAGAUUGGGUUCAAUGCUUUGCUGAACUCUCUGAUUCUGGCCAAAUGUUUCAGAGCCAAGCUCUGGGAGAAUUCGCCGAUGGUUUCAAAACAGCUUGACAAGAUAGGUCAGAUGCUUUCAACAGCAAUGGUGAACGCUGGACUCACCACAUUCAGCAAGAUCGAGCAAACCAAUCCAAGAGAGAUCGAGCUGAUACUUAACAGACAUCCACCAUUUGGAAACCUAAUUAAAGAAUUUGUCCUGCACCUGCCAAAGUAUGAGGUCACUUUGGAGCAGCUGCAGAGGUAUAGCUGCAGUACAGCUGAGAUCAUUGUGACGGUGAACCUCAAAAACCAAGCGCAGCUCCUGUCUAGGAGAACAGCUCCGGAAAACCAUUACGUGUCUCUGAUAAUAGGAGACUCUGACAACAAUUGUGUCUUCCGGCAUAAAUUCACUGACCUUAUGCUGUUGAAGUGCAGUUCCUGGUCAAAGAAGAUCGAGGUGGCAAAGGCUUUAAAGGGAGAUGAGAUCAGUGUUAAUCUCAUUAGUUCAGAAUAUGUUGGCCUAGACAUCCAGCAGACAUUCGAUGUGUACUACUCUGGAGCCCACAGCCUUGAAACUGAUCAUCUGUACAACACGUCUCAUGAUUCUGCUGGACCAAGGCCACAGCAGACAGCACCAAAUAAAGCAGUGCCUGUGAGGGGAAAGGCCACAUCCUCCAAAGAGCAAGAUAGUGGCAAUGGUAAUAAAAGACAGUGUAACCACCUCUGCAAGAAUAAGGAGCAGUGUGGCCAUGACUGCUGUAAAACAGGUGUGGUGAGAAAGAGGCUGAACAACCGAGUGGCUGGGUCUGGGUUUUCCUCACAUUUGAGGGAUCUGAAGAGUCGGUAUGACACACUUUCGCCCACGCCUGUCAAACGACUCAAGAUGAAAAUGAAUGAGGAGUCUCCAGGUGUCAACAUGCAGCAGUUUGCAUACAAUGCUAAAAAAGUACACUCUCUAUCCAGCAAUGGCGGAUACCACGAUGCUCCCACUGAGACGACGCAUCUCCCAAGAGAAAAUUGUUCUCAACGUUUUCAGCAGGACGACGAUGCCGUUAUAGAUGCGCACAGAACAAUGGAGAAGGCAGUCCACGCUGAUGUUGCAGCUCGUUACCAUCAAGGUUCCAGCAGCUGGAGAAAUGUUGGAUACGAUGCUGCUAGACCCUGGCAUCAAGGCCAUCGCAGCGACAACGAGACACUGUCACAAAUACCAAAUGUCAGCUUUGAUCUUGGAAAUGAUUGGGACGACUGGAGCGACUUUGAUGACGAGAACCUGGUUCGUGCCAGCGACACAUCACAGAGUCUACCUGUAUAUGGCCCUGCCGCAAGUCAUCAACUGGCUGAAUGCAACACAACAGGUUUCAUUGCUACAUCACCACGUGGAACCACUGCCAGGCACCCACUAAGGUCCAUUUCCAGGCCUGUAUUAGACCAACUUCAUCCUGGACCCUCACCUAUCACAAGCAGACAUGACAACCAGACAAGGAAUCCAAACAUGUUAAGUGAAGGGAUGACAAUAAGAGCACCAGAACGAAAAACCUCAAACUGUGUGGUUCCACAAGCUCAGCGAUUUGAUUUCUUCACAACGAUUGAUGCCACUGUGCAGGCUGACAGCAGCAGCAGCAAAGAAGAGGAAGCGUUGAUUGGGAUAUUUGAUGGUAUAUUUUAGAAGAUCUGGAUGAUUAGCUUACCGGCACAUAAAUGUCCUUAAAACACACACAGACGUUACGAGCUGUUUGAAAAACGUUUUGGUAUAUUGUUGAUGUUUUUGUGUCGGGUUGGUUCCUCAUCUCAGUGCUAGCUUAUUUCUUCAAUACUGGACUAGUCAAUAUGUAUUCCAUUUAAACAGCUACGGACAGUUUAUUGGCUUUGUGCAUGAUGUUAAAUAAAAAUGCAAGGCGCAUCUAUUGGAGUGCAAAUGUUUACUUUUCAAGAAGCGCACAACAGAAAGCAGUGUCUGCAUCAUAUCUAUUAAAACCUUUUAA